GUGGGUUUAGGUUAGUCAUAUCUUUCAACCGCAUGGUGUGCGGGUUCUUUUCUCGGGGGUUUCGGCGAUUGAAUCGGACGUUGGUCGGACGUGGUCGGACGCAAAGUGCUCGACAUGAUUCCGGGUGCACAGAUUCAGCGACCAACCGCUGGGAAACGUCACUCCGGUUUGUGCGUUAAUAUAGAUCCCAUUAACGUGAAAAAGCUGGAGCGUAGACUGAGAAAACAGCAGAAGGAAAAGGCUGACGUUUCUGAAAAUAAUAAUCACAAGACUGCUGAGGUUGAGAUGGUACAACAGGAUGUUGUACAAAGUAAACAAAGGAAGAGGAAGAGGAAAACAACAUUGGAUGAAUCCAGUGUCAACAAUGCUCUUGAUAAGGAUAUUUUAAAAGAGGAUUUAAAUGAGAAUGUAAAAACUGAGAAAACGCCAUCUAAAAGGCAAUUAAAAAGAGAAAAGGCUGAGAAAGCAGAAAUUGAAAUGAGACAAUCUCGUAAACUAAAUGCCAAGAAGACUGCAUUGAAUUAUCUGUCCAAGUGGAAAAACUGUAGAAACGAAUGGAAAUUCGAGAAGCUCAAACAGAUCUGGCUGAUGGAUAAUCUGUUAGAUGAGACUUGUAUCUCUGACAAGCUUUUCCCUGUCGUUCUGGAAUACUUCGAGGGUUGCAAAGGCAUGGCACGCGAAGUGUUGACGCGCAAGGGAAUGGAAAUAGUGAAAAAAGCCGAGAUGGAAACGGAUGAAGACAGCAAAACGGAGAUUAUGAAGUCAAUUGCUUAUAAGAGAGCGAGGCAACUUUUGCAGACUUUGCCAACUGACAAGUAGUCAACAACUUUGAAAAAAUGUACAUAAAAAGAGCAUGUCUAUGGCAGAUCCGAGAGAUACACAAGAAACUUCGGCAGCUUGCGCGACGAAAUUUUACAUAUUUCUUGUUGUAACAAUAUUAUAGUAUUAGGUGACUGCAAUUACUAAUCUGGACUUAAGAGUUGAUUAUAUUUAAAAUAAACUUGACUAUGGAAAAUUUCAGACAUUUCAAUUUUAAAAUUGAAUUUUAUUGAUUCAAUUUUAAUUUUAUUCAAAAUAAUAUUUUAUAUAAUUUUUUUUCAUUGUAAUUUUUUAGUUACAAUAAAUAAAAAUAUAGCUUUCAUACACAUUGUUAAACAAAAGAUCUGUGAUGUUUGAAAUUUUCCAUCGAGUCAGUGCUUUAGAUAUAACAGCAUAAUUGCAUGCAACAUAUGUUAAAUGUGAAAAUUUUAUUCGCAAUUUAGCUUCAAAAAUAAAAAUGUUUAUAUUUUAAA